GCCAGAGAUUUGCACCGCCUCGUCCAGCCCAGCAACUGCAGCGUCUUCCUGGCCAAUCACCUCAUUCAGAUGUUCGGCAGAUGCGGCAGUGUCGACCAGGAACGGGCAUCUGGAGGAGGCCAAGGCGGUCUUCGAUGCAAUGCCGCACGCAAACAACCUGGUGGCACACAACGCCAUGCUAUCAGCAUACGCCCAGCACGGGUACCCACAGCAAGCCAUGGACUUCUUCGCCAGCAUGCCGGAGAGAGAUUUAAUCUCGUGGAAUACAGUGCUGGAUCUCUCCUCGUCCACCAAGUAUCCAGACAACGCGAAGCUGAUCUUCGAGACAAUGCCAGAGUGGAACUUGGUCUCCUGGACAGCAAUGCUCGCCGCGUAUGCCCAGUCCGGGCAUCUCCACCAGGCUAGAGAGCUCUUCGCCGCCAUGGAAGAACGCGACGUGGUCUCCUGGACAGUGAUGCUCACAGCCUACACUCAAGCCGGCAGCUCCAUCACAGAGGCCAGGGGGCUGUUUGAUGCAAUGCCAGAGAGAAACUUGGUAUCAUGGACAGUGAUCCUAGCCGGCUACGCGCAUAGUGGCGAGAUCGACCAAGCCAGGGAGAUCUUCUCCGCGAUGCCAGAGAAGAACUUAGUGUCAUGGACGGCGCUACUCACGGCCUGCACACGCCGCGGCCGAGUGGAAGAAUCCAGGGCGGUGUUUGACGCUAUGCCGGAGAGAAGCCUCUUCGCGUACACGGCUAUACUCGCGGGCCACGCACAGGACGGGGACCUCGACCGCGCAAAGGGCGUGUUUGACGAGAUGCCCAGCCGGGGCAUUGCGGCGUGGACAGCGAUGCUGGUGGCAUAUGCCCGGAGGGGGCAUCUCUCCAAAGCCAGGGCUCUCCUCCUCGCCAUGCCCGAGAGGGAUAUCAUCUCGUGGAGCUCCAUGCUCGCGGCGGUAGCUCACAGUGGAGACUCCAGUGGCGCGGCGAGGCUCUUCCAGUGUAUGCAAAUGGAGGGCGUCGCGGCAGAGAGAGCGUCACUGCUGUGCGUGCUGGUGGCGGUGAGCGAUGCCGGGGAUCUUGCCAGUGGCUGCCGAUGGUUCGCUUCCAUGGAGCUGGACUAUGGCGUGGCGCCGGGGAGGAUCCACUACUGCUGCGUGGUCGAUCUGAUAAGCCGUGCUGGGCGAUUGGACGAGGCCGAGGAGGUGGCGCUGGGAAUGCCGGUGGAGGAGCGUGGAGAGAGCCCGGACUGGUGCCUGUGCUUGCUGGGCGCUGCUGGGAGUCACAACGAUGCCAGAGCCGGUGCCCGGGUUGCGAGAGCGGCGUUGGAGAUGGAUCCGGGUAGCAGCCAGUCGUUCGUGUUGCUGGAGAAGCUUUGCGGCUUGUCAAUGUGAAUGAGAAGUUACUUACUUGA